UCAUCGACGUCUCUAAGGUAGGUAGCUAACAGACUGAAGCUACUCGCCAUUUGCACCUCUGAAUCGUUGCUCUAUCUCCGUUGAGCCUUUCUCGAAGGAAAUUUUUUUGAUUGAUCUUCUAGUCCAUCAUCCGCAACAUGGCGGAGACUGAGCUGGCGCCCAAGUUCGCGCCGUUUUUCGGCAUGGGCGGUAUCGCGUUCGCGAUGAUCUUUGGAUGCAUCGGAGCUGCAUACGGGACGUCAAAAUCGGGUAUCGGUAUUGCUGGAGUGGGAACCUUUCGGCCGGACCUGAUCAUGAAGUCUUUGAUUCCCGUCGUCAUGUCCGGUAUUAUCGCGGUUUACUCGCUUGUUAUCGCUGUGCUUAUUGCUGGUGACAUGGGCCCACCUCCAGGCCAGAGCUACAGCUUGUUUACAGGGUUUUUGCAUCUGGCUUGCGGUCUCUCUGUUGGUUUGACAGGACUGGCCGCAGGUUAUGCCAUUGGCGUUGUGGGCGACAUGGGCGUCCGAUCAUACAUGCAGCAGUCAAGAAUUUUUGUGGGCAUGGUCCUGAUCCUAAUUUUUGCUGAAGUCUUGGGUCUUUACGGCCUGAUUGUCGCCUUAAUCCUCAACACCAAGGGCCGAGGAUGAGGCGAGUUCGCCAGGCGUAGUUCUUGUGUUUGCCAACUUCCAUUGUAUAUAUCGAAAAGUCAGCAAUAUCUUGACGACGCUGAGGUAUCUGCAACGAAGGCAGUGCACAUAAUGGCGUUGCUCGAGGGGAGCCUCAUGAGCGGAUGAAAUGAAGUUUAUGAUUUGUCC